CCACUCUUCCAUCAACUCUAUCCGCUACGAUCCCAGCAUGAAAAUGGUGCGUGAAUGUUCGCGCACAGCUGUUGUUUACCGACAAAUGCGUGUCAAAGAAACUGUUCUGGAUUGGCGGGUUCAAAGAUUUCCCAGUACGAAUGAUUCCAUCGACAUCGUGAAACGAAGUGCGAGUAAAGUACCAAACACAGUCGAUUGUCCCUCUCGACACUCAAACAUGAAUAAAAGAUGAAAAAACCGCUGGGAGAAUUUAUAAUGGUGUCAUCUUCAUGAAAUUCAACACAAACGUAACUAAAAACAGUGUUGAGAUUGAUUGGUCAAGCAAGGCUAGGAGAAAAAAAAUAAACACGAGCAAUCGAUGGCUGGGAGAAAAUGAUUGAAAACGUGCCCGUUAUGAGUGACCAGGGAAAUUGACCUAAACUCGAGUUUCUCACUUGUUGAGAGAAGGCUAACACAUGAUACGUUGGCUCGUCGCACUUAUUCAGGAACAAUCCAAGGGACACUGAGGUGACCACAAUGAACGCAAGAACUCAGCUGUUCGAGCUCAGCAUGGAGGGUCGUCAGGUAGACGAGGCAGUAGCCUCGAUAUUCCACAGUGUCCUUUUCCACCGGAGCUUAGGAAAAUUCAAGUACAAACAAGAGGGCAGUUACUCAGUGGGAACAGUGGGCUAUCAAGACGUCGACUGUGAUUUCAUUGACUUCACUUACGUCUGCUGUUCCUCGAUUCACCUUGAUCAGACCCUGAAACGAGAAAUCUCUGGAUUUUCCGAGGCAUUGCGAUCUACAGACAGUCCAGGUUCAGGUCAAAUAUCCCUGGAGUUUUUCCAAAAGAAGAAAAAUCGUUGGCCCUUCCAACCUGAGUGCAUACCCUGGGAAGUAUGGACAGUACGUCUAGAAUUAAUAAAACUAGCAACUGAACACGAACGACAGAUUUGCAGGGAGAAAGUUGGGGAUUUAUUAACUGACAAAAUUCUGUACAUAACUGAAGUAAUGAAUCGUCACGAUUAUCUCCCAAAAAUGCCCAAUCAGGCUGAGCUGGAUCUUAUCUUCGACACAUCUUACCCAGAUAUUCAGCCUUAUCUAUUCAAACUGUCAUUCACCACAUCAGGACCACCGAGCACAACCAUGGGGAACACUAUGAAGAAACUAAUUAAAGAAACUCUGUCCAUUUAGUCGAGCAUUCAUCUCAGUUUAAUUGGAAUUUAGUAGUGAAGUGGUAAAUAAUGGGAGAUGAGUUUGAAAUAAAUCUACAGUUUAUUCUGAGAGAUAUUUCUGGAAGGCAGGAUUUGAGAGUAUUCAACGAAGGACUUUCCGUGGAGAAAUUGGUGAACUUUAAAAAAGUUCUCUUGACAUUGUAGGAGUAAAGUGGUAUAAUGAACUAAGUCAAUUUCCCUUGAGCAUCAAUUUUUAACGGACAUUUCGCAAUCCAGGGAAUAGCAAGAUGUUCUUAAGGACUUUGUAGAGAGUAAUAAGGGAUUAAAAAAAUCUCUACAAAAUUAACUGAAAGAUUAGGGAAAUUCCCAGGAAUGAUAAUAACGUUCUAUAAAUUGUCAAGGAUGCAGAGUGCAGUAUCCGGGGUCACGUCACAUGUUUCACACUGAUAAUUUCCCUGUCCACAAGGAAAUUAUCAGACUGAUAAUCGCGGGAAAGGCUUCCUGUUGCCUAUCAAUUGUUUCCAACGAUUUUGACAGAUAUUCUCCAUAUCGUUAGCUUCAUAACAAAGUAACAUAAGUGCCAAAAUACGAAAAUUUUCCCAAAGUGAGAAACGAGAAGUAACUAUAUGGAAACAAGUUUAAAAUUCUAAACUUUUUGACUGAGGACAUUUUUUGGCACUUACGGUACUCUGUUAUAAAGCUAACCAUAUUUUGGUGAAAUGUCUCACGUAACCCCGAACACCACACUCUGAUCGCCGAAAUCAGAAUUGAAGAAAUUAUUUUCCAAAUAUUCCUCGACCUUCAAAAUUCAUCGGAUAUUUUCCGCAAGUUUUACUGCACAUCGAGGAUUGCGCUGCGCGCUCGGGAUUUUUAUGUGCAAAACUUGCCCCUCUUGUUGCUAUGCAACAAAACUUACGGGAAAUACCCGAUAAUUUUAAUAGCUAAUUUUUUCAUAUUUGUUAUCACUUUUUACAAAAAACUUCUCAAGAAUAGUGAAAUUGAAUAUUGGUUAUGACAUCCUUGACAAUGUAAUCAAUGUUUUUAUCAUUUUUUCCAACAUCUGCAGAUUUUCAACGAAAAUUGACAAUAUGGAAUUGAAUAGUAUCAUUAAUCUUUGUAAAAAUUUUGCCAUCUCUCUCAUAUUUGGAGAUAUUUCUCGAAAACUCUACUAGGAGUAAAUUUAACUAAGUAGUUUUAUCAUUUUACUCCUAGUUUUUAUUUGACCCUGUUAGCCUUGACGAUAAUCGCAAACUUAUUUCCAUUAAACAUAUUGAUGAACGGUCGAACAUAGGAUAUAAGUCCAAAACGCACUGGUAGGUUAUUUGACAAAUAUCUUUGAAAGAGAGGCGUUUCGAUGAGUUGAUCAAGGACUUUUUUAUUGUCGAGAUUUUUUUUCUUAAAUAAGUUAGGUCUCUUGAUUUUUUUUGUAAAAUUGAUUAUGUGGUAGACAAUCACCUUUAAGUUGAAACAAUUAAGUUGAAAUAUUCUGAAAUUUGUGAAUAAUUGAAUUGUUAAUUAUUGAAUUAUUUAGGAAAUGAGUGACUCUAUGAGGUAUUAUCAAAGGACAUCUUUUAUACAUGGCGACGAGAAUACCAGCAAAUUCAUAGUUCUUAUACUCUAAACUGAGCUCAUAUGGUUUUAGCGGGCGAAGUUUAUUGUGAAGAAUAGGAAAAAUUACUGUUCUUCCAGGAUUUUUUCUUUAAAAAUAAAUUUAAAUUCAGAAUUUAAUAUUCAUUUAAAUUUUCCGGGCAGCACGAUAAUUUGUUAUCAUUCUGGCGCCAGAUUUUCGCCGGAGCUGGGAGACUGAGUUCCCUUUACACUACGGCACUAUCAUUUUUGAUUUUCAUAAAGAAAAAUUAUUGUUUUUUUUUACAACGAAAGGAAUAGCCCGAGCUAGGAAAGAAUUCGUUUGAUAUUUGUCUCAAAACUCAAUACGUUGCAAAAGUUGAAAAAUAAGUGACAUGAAAUUCAUCUCUCUUCAUCACUUCAUUACAGAAAGAGAUAUAACGCUAAGAAAAUUGUAAGGUUUUAACGAUAAAACCCCUCGAUCUCACCUUGGAGUGUUGCGUAUAAUCUCGAUAAACUUUUCAUCAAACAUUCACGUGUGAAGACGUAGGAGUCCUAAACUACUGGAUAAGAUCAACUGAUUAGUACAAAUCGUAAUGAAAACUGUUCCCUCUCUAAUCACUGCAUAAUAUUGAACAGAAUGCCAACAAAAUAAUGACAAAUUUUAAUCCAAAAACUGAAAUUUAUAUGAAUUAUCGUGGUAAUAGAAAAGUGACAUAAGUCACUCGCUGCCUAAGACACUUCAAACAUCAACGCGCAGUAAAGUGUACGUCUAGCUGUAUAAAAAUUUUAACGAGUUAUCCACCAUUUUUUAUUGCUUCUCUCUCCAUCGUCAUUUUUUUUCUCCUUAGUAUCUAUCUGUAGAAGGUGCAUUCGCCUUGGUCGAGCUCUUGCAAGUGUAGAAUUAGGUCAAUAGCAUCGGCUUUGUUUAUCCACUCGCGAGGGGAAGGCGGAGAGGGGAGAGUUUCAACUAUAAGCGAAAAAGUUUUUGAGUGUAAAGUCAAACUAUUGAGAUGUAAGGGAAGUGGAAAAAUAUAGGGGAAGACGGAAAGUCAGAAGUAAGAAUGGGAAUGCUUCAGCAUUCCUGUUUGUAUAUAGAUGUCAAAGAUGUACACAUAAAGAAAGAUAUAUAGAUAUAUACAUACAUAUACAUAAUGAUUUUCGUUGUCAAGUGGUAGUACGAGAUAGGUCUAAUCUUCCGUUUAUUCUGCCGACAUCUUAGGAGAUGAGAAUGAGCAGGACUUUUCGUAAGACAUUUCCCGUUCAGAAAAAAAAUCCGUUUGACCUUUAGUGCUAAGACCAGCCAUUUUGUAGAUAAUCAAGUAAUUAUAUCACUAUUGGAUUCUUCUAUUAAAAGUGAUCAUAAAACGUGUUUUAAAGGACGAAAAGUCUUUUGGUUCAACAGAUAUUUGCAUAAUAAUGAAGUUUCCGAAUGAAAAAGUUUGCGACUUUUCGGAAUUAUCUCUAUUUUCACUUGACUCCGUAUUUUCAAGGCAGCGCACGUGUGUGAUAGACCCUGUGGAAUGUAAUUUGCAUACAGAGUAGCAACCGAAACCGUUAAAUAAGUAGAAUAGAGUCAGUGCUAAACGAAAAACUAUUUCCUGAAUAAUUUUCCUCAUCAACUAUCAUCACAAUUAAUUAAUAGGUGCACGUAUUAUAUUUAUUUUCUCAUUUAAUAUGAAGUGAUCUUUAUUUAGAAAAAUUGUUGUAUUUUAUCUUUUUUAAUUUUGAUUAGCACUCGUCAGACUGAUGAUGUAAAUAAUGUUUUUUGCGUAAUGAAAAAAAAGGGUGGAUAUGAUGAAUCAACGAGCAAUUUUAACUUAACUCUCGAUUGCACAGAGAUACGCAAUUAUAGUCCAUUGUUCUAUUAUAAGGAAUCGAAGAUUAUGAAUAUUUCUAAUUGACGGAGAAUCAAAGCAUUAUAAAUAUUAUUAUAAAUAAACGAGUGUGAAUGAAUUUUUUCGGCGGGAUAGUGCUUUUACAAUAUUGAGAGAAGGAGUUUAGGUGUUUGAUUAUAUUAUUUGAAUAUAAAUGUACAGAAAUGAAUAAUAAUACAAGAUACCAAUUAUAAA